AUGGAUCCAUACGGGCGACCGCCACCACCACCGUUUCAAUCGCCACGUCCACCUCCUCCUGGACAACAUUUUGUUCAACCACCAGCAGGAGCACCGCACCCACCACCCAUGUCAGCAGAUUACCACGCAGCAUCUCCUGCUGCUCAAGGACACGAUCAGUUUGCGCUUUCAACAGCAUAUGACAGUGUGAAACGCGUCAUGUUGAAUCCAUAUAACAACAAUCGCAUGGAAGAAAAAGAUCUCGACGAUUUUAAAAUCAUUUUGCAAAUGAUUAUGCAAGAUUGCUCUCGAACGAACAUUGAAUCUGGCAAAACCUGGGUAUUCAAGUAUUGUUACGAACCACAACAAAUAGAAGUCAUAGCAGAUUUAUGGCUGGCCUUGUCUCAGUCGCGAAAUUCAUUUUUGGAACGACUACAUUUGAUUUAUCUCGUCAACGAUAUUCUGUUUCACAGUGUUCGGCGGCAGCAAAUGUGGAUGAAGGAAGCCAUUUUACCACGUCUAGUGCCACUCCUCAGACAAGCGUACCAUUACAGUGGCAUUUCUACCGACAUGAAAUCAAAAGUGACCAAGGUUAUUUCGAUUUGGAGCGACAAACACUUUUUUGAUCCCAAUGUCCUCGAUUCGAUAAGGAAAAAUGUUGUUAUACCUCCGCCACCACCAGCUCCACUGACUCCAUACGAUGUGAAACCGACGCCCCCUCCACCAGGAGCAGUAGGGCCACCUCUACCACCACAUCCUAAUAUGCAUCCAUCCAUGGCUCCACCAAUGCCCCCUAUGCCUUCUCCACACUUCAAUCCUGGAUUUCGACCACCAUUUCCUCCUCCUCCGGCAGGAUAUCCAUAUCCUCUUCGACCUCACAUCAGACCUCCGCCAAUGCCACCCGCUGGAGUCAUGCCACCUCAUCCACCACCAGGAAUGAACCCACAUUUACCACCCAGACCCAUGAUGAGCAUGCCUCGCCCUCCGCCACCACCUCCCGUGAUACCAGCUGCACCUCCUCAUGCGUACCCUCCAACAACUGAAUCACAAAAUCCUACCCAAAUUGAACAGACUGCUCCUGAAAAGCAGUAUUAUGAGCUCCCUGCUGGUCUCAUGCUAUCCGCUGUGCAGAUAAACGAUGACACGUACUCUGCGAUUCGCCCAUCUGAGAUUCAACAAGUAUAUUCAUAUCCAUCACCCACGGAUGAAAUGAAUCGCGCUGUGGACGACUUCUAUUGGGGGUUGGACCUACGGGAUAGAGACAAUGCUGAGGAGUUUGAAGAACAGGCAGAUAGCAAACUCGAUCGGAGCGGAUGGGAGCCAGACGGGAAAGAGAAGAACGAGAAGGACGACGGGGAAGACAACGGCGACGCAGUGAUAGUCACGAAGAGGAACGAGGAAGGUAUGGCCGUUCUUCCCGAUCAAGCAGACGUGAUCAUUCCCGCAGCAGAAGUCGAAGUCGCAGUGAUUACAGUAGUCGUAGCCGCAGUCGCAGCUACAGUCCUGAGCGUGGUCGUAGCCCCAGAAGAAGACAUAGCCGUGGAAGUCGAGGACAUCACCGGCACCAUUAUCACAGCAGAAGCCGCUCGCCUUAUAGUCGAUCUCGGAGUCGUGACAGCUACAAAUCACCGCGGUCCCGCUCCAUGUCCCCGUACCGCCGCAGAUCCAAAUCGCGUUCGGACUCUCGUUACAGAUAUCGAUCUCGCUCGAGAUCACGGUCGCCGCCACCUACACUUGGUUUAG